UCUUUCUCUUCAAAAAUUUCCAAAUUGAGAUGAAAUCCCUAAUUUCCAUCUCUCUCCUUUCUCUCGGCGGCAACACAGUGCAUCUGCCACCGUCGCGCCUCACCGGAGGUGUCUCCUCUUUCCGCCGCCUCUCACUCAGCCGGCGUAUCAUGUCGACUGAACGGCGCCGCCUCUGUGACUGGCCUCUCUACUCCGACAACCCACAGCACCGCCGCCGCUGCUGCCUCUCUGCACUAACCGUUGCCUCGAGGACAGUUCACGGCAUCUGCUCGACGCCAUACGCUCCUCCGUCGGCUAGGCUCGGAGCCUCCAGACGGUUCCUUCCUAAGGUAGUGAUUGGAGAGAAGGCAGGAGCUAUUGGGAUUAGGAGAUGCUGCAGCCAGAAAUUGACUUACCUUCUUGGGUGGUAGUCAUAGGAGGAAGAGUUAUUGGGCUGCUCUUUGGGCCGGCAGCCCUCUACCAACGGGCCGGACUAACGAGCCUCGGGUGUGGUUUGUGCCUGAAGAGAAUAGGCCCAAAAAGCAUUUUUUUACUUAUUUAUUUAUAGGUGCAUUAUUAGCUUCUUUUGUAUUUAAAAACUUUAUAUACUUAAUUCAUAUACAUCCAUUUAUGUAUUGAACACUAAGCUUUGGUAUUUGUACCCGUUCUAAUCCAAAGUGUCGACCUGUAUCCAUUAUGAACUUGGCUUUAGUUUUAAUGAAAAGCACAUACUCGAUCUUGGUUCGCU